UUUGAUCUCAAGUUAAACAGAAAUAAGCAGUUAGAGUCUACCUAAACGAAACUGUAAAAGUUAAAAAAACAAACAUUAGCUAAUAAUAUUCCGCUAAUAUGAAUCUACUUAAAUGUGUGAGUCAUUUAACCAGUGUUAGAAAUUUUUCUGUGACAUCUAGUUUAAGUGAGAUACGUAAAAUGGCUAGAUUACGCGUUGUUGAUAAUAGCAACCUUGGAAAACAAGCUAUGCUUGAUGGAAAGCCGCCUAAAUGUAUACAUGUGUACAAUAAGACUCAUGUUGGUACAAUUGGAGACAAAAUCCUUGUCGCUAUUAAAGGUUUGAAGAAGAAAGCAUUCAUUGUUGGCGUAAGAAAACACCAAAAGCACAUGGUACCAAGACAUGAUUCAAAUAACAUAGUACUUUUAGACGACCAUGGCAAUCCACUUGGUACUAGAAUAUUAGUUCCCAUACCUAGUAUAUUAAGAGGGAGAGGAGAAUUUUCAAAAAUUAUCGCCUUAAGUUCAAGAUUUGUAUGAAAAAGAAAAUAUUGUACCUUAGUUAAAAUAUAUAUGUUUAUCUAUUAAA